GUGAAGAACAAUCAGGUCGCAAUUUAGCUUUUACUAUUCUAAUCAGCAACUCCAACCGAUCCACUAAUUACACGUCAGCUUGCUUAGCCGCGUCGCGCUGCUCUGCUUGAUCAUCAUCACCUUCUCCGAUCGAUCCUCCUCGACGCCGCCCACAAAUAUAAAUCCCACACGCGUCCUCCUCCUCCUAAUAAACUCCUCCAAUUCCUCGACGAAUCAGUUUUCUCCUCUGAUUUUCCACCACAAGAUCUCUAGUUUCUUUGAUUUCUUGAUCAGACGACGAUGGGAGGGAGCAAGGAUGAGCAGCAAGACAGGGGGCUCUUCUCCAACCUGAUGCACGGCGUCGCCGGCGGCGGCGGCGGCCAUGGCUAUCCGUACCCUCCUCAGCAGGGGUACUACCCGCCGCCGCCCACCGCGUAUCCUCCUCCUCCUCCGGCGGGGUACGGCGGCGGCUAUGGCUACCCUCCUGCAGGUUACCCCGGCUCGUCCGCGCCAUUCCAACACGGUAACCAUGGCGGAGGAAACAUGGGGAUGCUAGCUGCAGGUGCAGCCGCUGCCGCGGCGGCGUACGGCGCGCACAAGCUUUCCCACGGUCAUGGCCAUGGAGGCUACGGCUACGGUGGCCACCACGGCGGCCUCUUCGGCGGUCACCAUGGCCACCACGGCGGCUUGUUUGGAGGCCAUCACGGACACCACGGCGGCGGCCUCUUCGGCGGCCACCACGGCCACCAUGGCGGCUUGUUUGGCGGUCACCACGGCUUCGGUGGCCACCACGGACACCAUGGCCACCAUUGAUGGUGAUCACCAUAUCGUGUUGCACGGCGUGUUCAAUCAGUGCGAGUGAUAAGAUGAUCAUGAGUUGGUUUGAUUAUACUACUAUAAACUCGAUAUGUGUAUAUAGUUUUUUCUACUUAGUUUGCUACUCUAGAUUGUAUCUGAGACACUGAUAUGAGUGAUAAUAUGGUUUGAUGAUUAGUAACCGACUGUCAAUCAGUGUUU